AGAAACUGUGACAGAUGAUAAAUCCAGGAUGCUGGUUAGUGGUGCAAGCGGCUGAUGAAGUUUUUGUUCCCACACUGUGUUUGUUCUUGGUUAUUCUUUUGCUGAGUGGCUGCAUAACUCUUGAGCCUUCCCUUCUCAGGCAUGGGAAGUGCUCUGGUCACAAGUCUGAGCAAGUUUAAGAGGUGGUGCAGAGUUGCUGAAGCACUUACACUGGAGUACAACUCGGGAAAGACUCAGAAGAAUACAAGAAGACUUUUUUGCUUUCUAGCUUUUUUUUUGUGCUGAAAUCUUCAGGACAUCUCAAGACACUGGAUUCACGAAGCUACGGAUAAUAAUAAUAAAUAAUAAACAAGACUAAUGGCAUUCCACGCAAGUGAUGACUGUACAGCUAGAAGUAAGGAUCUUUACACAUUCUACUCCUCUGUGAUGAUAGUUGAGUUAAUCUUAGCACUUCCUCUGAACCUCACUGUGCUCUACCUCUUCAUUUUUAAACUCAAAUUCUGGAAAGCCAAAAACCACAGCAUUUUUCUGUUCAAUCUUGUCCUGGCGGAUAUACUGCUGCUUAUUUGCUUGCCAGUCAGAGCGUACUACUUUCUACGUGGAGAGAGACGGAGUGACAACGACGUUGUAUGCAAAUCAGUUCUUUUUAUGCUUUUUUUGAACCGCGGAGCCAGCAUCGUCUUCCUGACUAUUAUUUCCAUUGACCGCUACUUCAGCGUGGUCCAUCCCAAGAUGAAGAACCCGUUCAAAACUCAGAAACAAUCGAUUCUCAUCUGUGUUCUGGUCUGGAUUUUGCUUUUGCCUCUGACUAUCCCGUCCAUGCUGACCACCUUCGAGUGCUGCGACAGCAAUAAGACGGAUGGAAACACAGCAGAUAACACCACCAAUGAUAUCUUCAGAGAGCUUACGUUUUUCACACCAGUUCUCAUCCCAUCUAUCAUCCUGGUCUACUGUACCAUAAAGAUCACGAAAAGGCUGAAGGAGCAAACAAUCGGUAACAGGACUAAGCUGAGAAGAGCGGUGUUCCUGGUCACUCUGGUCAUCUUGGUGUUUUCUUUCUGCUUUUGGCCGUCUGCUAUUUCAAGGCUGGUGUUGUUGAUGGUCAGAAUAAAGGCACUACCAAGAGCAGAAGAAAUUGCGGUUCAGGUCUAUGAUGGCCUCAUGUGCCUCUCAUAUCUGGAUUGCCUGCUGGAUCCGAUCGUCUACUGUCUGUCCAGUACCAAGUUCAAACAAUUGUAUAUAUCCACAUAUCUACCUUUUCUGAUGAAAGGACAAGGAGCAGAACAUCACUGAAAUGUCAUCUUGUGCACAAAUACUCAAAAGAAUGAAUGCAAUAAUAAUAAUAAUAAUAAUAAUAAUAAUAAUAUUUCAACCAACAUGAAUCAACAUGAAAUUCAAGAGUCUUAUUAAUACAAUUUUAAAUUGUGAUGGUUUUAAUCUGUGGUGCAGUGGUUAUCAUUGUUGCCUCACAGCAAGAAGGUUCUAGGUUCAAGUCCCAUGCUCGACUGGGGCCUUUCUGUCUGGAGUUUGUUUGUUCUUCCUUGUGCCCACAUGGGUUUCUCCCACAGUCCAAAAUACAUGUGAAUUAUUUAAUUUAUUUUUUUAUUGAUUACUUUAUUCUGAAUAAUAAAGAAGAAAGAUAUAAAAAUAAAAAAAAUUUAAAUAAAAAAUGCAAUGAUCAAAACAUCGUCAUAAACAAACAGAAUAGCGUAGCCACAAGGCAAUAACAUAAUAAUGUUCAGAAAGGAUUAGGAAGAAGUAAUAACUUAUCCAAUCCUAACCCUCUAUACCACCGCUAAUCAAACGUCACUUUCCACCAUAAUAAACUAUAUAUACAAAAGAAAACAAAAGCAACAAACAAAAAGAAAACAUACCAACAUACCAAGACAUACCGACAUGGUAUAAUAUCGACCAAAUCAAAUCAUAUAUACAUAUACUUUUGUUAUGCAUAUGUAUAUACACACAUACAAUACAUUUAUACAAUACAUACAUAUACACCUACCUAUAACUAUAUACAAAAUACAAGAAGACCAGUCACAGACUUACAUCAUCUGACUUCUCUAAAUUACUCAUAAGCAUGAAUGGUUGUUUGUCUCUGUUUUGAUCCUGCGAUGGAUUGUCAACCUAUCCAGGGUGGACCCUGCCUAUUGCCCAAUGUCAGCUGGGACUGGCUUCCACGACCCGCAAUACAGAAAAUGAAUAAAUGAUUUUAAUCGAUGUUGUUUUGCAUUUAAGUAAAAAAAAGAAAUCAUGUGUGUUAUUAGUUAGUUCUAUUGUUAAUUGUACUGUUGGACUGAAUUCUUUUUUUUUCUUUUUUUAUUUGUUUAUAUGGCAACAUGCACCAGAUCAUGUAUCAUGUGCUUAAAGGCUUCUGCAUUUCACAUUUUCAUUCUCAUUAAACAUGCUGUUUUUUUUAAAUCAUAGAGGUGUUUUUAUGACUAUGAAUUGCUGCAAGUAGUGUUUGAAAUGUAAAAAAGCCAACAACUCAAAGCUGUGAUGGUUCAAACAACUCAGAAUUGAGAGGUAUCGUUAUUCCUCAGGACCUGUAUUGCUACAUAACUACACAUCUUUUACUUGAGCAAAAGAGCAAAUAUUGUACUAAAAGUUGUGAUAAUGUGCAAUAAACUGAUUAUGAUUCAAA